CAGAGGCCGAGCCAGGCCGAGCCGCGUCGGAGGCAGGCCGGCCGGGCGAGGGGAGGAAGGCGAGGACGGUGCUCGCUGCCCGCGCCGCGCUGGCGCCGGGGGACCCGCCCGAGAUGCCGGUGCGGAGCGCCUGCCGCUGCCCUCCGGAGGCCCCGGGAGGAGCCUCGUCCGCCGCCCGCCUCGAGCCGCCGCCGCCCAUCAACACGGCGCAGCCCGGCGUCAGCACCAGCCGCCUCUACAGCGGCGCCAAGUUCCGCGGGCAGCAGCGCUCCAAGGGCAACGCCUACGAGGUGGAGGUGGUCGUCCAGCACGUGGACAUGGAGAACUCCUAUCUCUGUGGAUACUUGAAGAUUAAAGGCCUUACGGAGGAAUAUCCAACCCUUACAACUUUCUUUGAAGGGGAAAUAAUUAGUAAAAAGCACCCGUUUUUAACGCGGAAGUGGGACGCAGAUGAAGACGUGGAUCGUAAACAUUGGGGGAAGUUCCCGGCCUUUUACCAGUACGCAAAAACAUUUAACUCUGAUGACUUUGAUUAUGAGGAUCUGAAGAACGAUGACUUUGUCUUUAUGAGGUGGAAGGAACAGUUCCUGGUCCCUGAUCACACCAUCAAAGACAUCAGCGGUGCUUCCUUUGCUGGAUUCUAUUACAUAUGCUUCCAGAAAUCUGCAGCAUCUAUAGAAGGCUAUUACUAUCACAGGAGUUCAGAAUGGUAUCAGUCUCUGAAUUUGACUCAUGUCCCAGAGUACAGCGCACCCAUUUACGAAUUCCGGUGACAGCGAUACCAAGAGUGGCGCCGAGAGAUGGCCAGUGGGGCCAGGGGGAGAGAGAGAGAGAGAGAGAGCAUGCUCUGUUAGGACAACUGCGAUGUCCCUGUCAGGACAGGAGACUCCAGGCUCUUCUCCUGUCGGGCUACCGGACUGGUGUGAGGGCGUGAAUGUGAAGCCUGAGGCUGCCGGAGCCUGACCCUUCCUCCAGCUGCGUGGCAAACUUGAUACUUUAAUCUGGUUUUAAAGCUACCAUUCAAAUGCACUUUUCUUAUUGCACAGCUAGUCUCUUUACCACUGAAAACUCUUCUGCCCCUUUCGGAGGAGGAAAUGGCUGCGCCCAGCUGGAUUUCCUUAGAGUAGAGGAAACGUAAGCUGCUGCCGGCUUAUGUCUCUCCGCACUUUGCUGUAGCUCAUGGGUUCUACUUAAGAGCAAGUCAUCCACAGAUGCCCUUUCCUUUCAAGCCUCAGCAUUGCAUGAGGCUCCUGUGUGCAUCACACCCAGCUGCGGCAUCCACUACGGGAAACAGUUGGCCAAGAGGAGGAGGGCCUAGCAAAUUGCCCGUUCCUGUUGGCUAGCAAGGCUGCAUCUCUCAGGAACGCUAGCCAGUCACAGAGGCGUAAGCCGUUGUCUUGGAUUGCACCAAGGGGGGAAUGGCUAACAGGCCAUCAUAGUGGGAAACAUAAUGAUGCUUAUGCAAAGUCUCAGAUCUUAAAGGAAAAACUUUAAGGACUUCGUACAAAAAAAGAGAGACAGAGAGCUAUUUUUAUGGCCAUCCCCCCUCAAAAAGACUCAAUGGUAUAUGCAAAUUGUCUCUCAUUACAUUUUUACCAUGGCUGCUUUCCCUGAACCCCCUCAUGGUGAAAGCAGUGAAAAGUCAGUGUUGGUUGAUGGUGGUGAUCUCUCUGUGCAACAAUCCAGCAGUGUUGACACCCGCAUAUCCCAGCGUAAUCGCUUAGCGGUGGUGUGAAUAUUCAGCUCCAUGCACAUGCUCCCGUUUCUCAUGCUACAGGAAACAUUUGAUGUUUGCUAUGAUUUCUAUCAGGGAAAAACCUCCUAACUCUCCAUUAAAAUAAACUGCUCUCCAAGGACUUGAAAAUGUUCGGAAACAUAAGGCUUGUGUGCCAAAUUUUGUGUGGAGCUUGUGUGUUUGUGGUGGUCUAAUACGUGUGAGAGUGAGUGAGUCUAAAAGUUGCUGGCCUGCUUAACAUGGCACUCAUCCGCAGAGGGUUUUCCCAGAAUCGUCUUGAUUAUAUGUACCAUUGGCUGGGCCAGGAGACGGAGGCAACUACCCUGUCACUUGGUAGAUCAAGACUGUUGUGCAGCUGAGCCUUUUGCAGAAAAAUGCCCAGCUCUUUUCAGUUUUUCCUUUAUGCCUUUGUAGGCACUUGUAGGAUUUACAAGGCAGCUUAAAGCAGGUCUGUGUGCAAGGAAGGUACUGGUACCUUUCCUGGGAGUCUGCCCAAAGUUAAGACUUACAGUGGCUGCCCCAUUUGGGAUCUGCUCUUGUCCUGUGGCAUUGCUGUCAUUCAUAGUGGCUUGGAUUUCAGAAAAUAGUAAUGGCACUUGGGGCUGAGAGAUAAUUUCUCUCCUCUCUACAUGCAGGGCUCUGUGUGCUCUGCAAUAAUGAGGGAGCACAGGAGAAAGUGCAGAUUGUUGUAAGCCAUGUGGCUUUCAGUAGUUCAAGAGCGAAUUUCUAGCCCCCAUGGCUUUGAUAUGUUUGAAAGUGCGGGAAAUGCCUAGGGACGGUUUGGAAGACAGAGUUGUACAAGGUUUCAGUGGUUGAGAGGAGGAGGGGGUGGAUUUAGGGUAGGACUAGUGGUGGGGUAGUGCUAUAUGUAGUUCCUUAUUUCCUCCUCAGCCAACAAAGGCAGAAUAUAUUGUGCAAAAGAAAAGAAAUGGUGUGCAUGCUUGCUCAAUUGACAUCUGCUGUGCAGACUGCAGAACUUUUGUCUGUCUUGGUGCAGAAUUUAGAUUGCCAGGAUACAGAGUUCUAAUACAUUUAGAGCAGUGUACACAUAGCCCUGCCUGUCCUGUAUCUUCUGAAACAAGUUAUUGAGCAUUUUAAAGAGUAUUUUUUGCAUACAAUGUACAGGAGAGAAAGCAAAGCCCCUUAACGGAAUAGGGUUGAAUCAUUUUUUCCCCCUUAGUUCAGGCUUGCUCUUCCCCCCCAACUAUGUACUGUACAUUGCAGUGGCAGAUUUGCUAACUGAAGCCUUAACAGGAGUGUGUGGGAGUGCUCACAUUAACCACGCAGGACACCCUUUCAUGGAGACAAACAUGGCAGAGAGGCCAAUUUCUCCCUUCCCUCCCCUGCAAAUCAGAGCAGUCUUAAGAAGCUGCCUGCUAUUUUCUGGGGGACGGGAGAGAUAUGAAGAGCUUGAGGAAAUGUGGCAAAUGGGCUUCGGCUGGCACUGAUCCUGUAGACUGAGGUUGGAAAUGUAUUCCAAUGGAUCUGAAUGGCAGUGGGGGUUUUCCUCUUCACCUUCAAAGGAGACGGAUCUGAAGUGCUUUGCAUGGCCGCAGGACGUAAUAUGACAUCCAGAUACGUCUGUUAGCCUGACACAGAAGAGUGCAAGCUUGGAUGCUGAUAGGGAAGUGGAUGGGGGAGAGUAUGGCUGGGUUUGUGAACCUCUUCACUGCUUUUCCACCCUACCCCCCUCCAGUUUUGAUCCACGAGUUGACUGUCUAUGCACAGUAAUGGAGGUUCUUUGAGUGCUUUGGGGCAAAUAUCCCAGGCUGUACAAACAGCUGCUCCUUCGCUUAGGCUUCUCUCUCAUCUUAUGCCUAAGAAGAUCUCGCACUUGGAGACUAGGAAUUAACUGUGCCUUUGCUUUGCUUUAAGAUAGGGGGGCACAACUUGCUUGGGAAAAGCAGUCCUUUCCUCAGCCUAUUUCAGGAGGAAAUAGAGUCUCCAGAGGUAACUCCAGGCCAAUUGAAACCACCUUGUGUGUUAAGAACGCAGGAAGGCAAGGCAUCUCCAGCAUAGCCCACGAAGGGGUUAGGGUGAAGGAGAGCGUCUCCUGACAGCAAAGCACCAUGGUCCUCAUUUCACUUUUGCAAAGCUUUGCCUGCAAGAAGUACAGUGCAAGGCCAAUACUAGCAAUUUAAUUCUGUCCCCUGUAUUGUGAUGCACAAUCCACUGCAAGUGGCCAGGAUCCAGCACAUGCAAUUGCCAGUUCCACAUUCCCAGGAGGGCUUUGGGCCUAUAGACUUAUAUUACUAUAGAUCUAUAGGACAGUAGCGCUCUGUGCUGCAUAGCAAAGUGGUCUUAAGUUGAAGGGAGUUGUCGAAAGCAGUUUAGGCUAAUAGCACAAAACGGGAGAGGGAGGGCUUGGAGUCCAAAAUCCAUAAAGGGGUGUGUGUGAAGCACAGGUUCUCAUCAGCUGGCAGACAGCUUGAUUUUAAUUGCAAGCUUCUUACCUUUUAAAUGCUAAAAUAUUUAUUCAGAGAUGGACAGAAAGAUUACCUGCUGUAAUUCACCCUUCCAAAACAGGAUUUCAAAAUCAUUUCAGAAUAAUAAUGUACUGUAGUCCAUGUUGUGUCAACAGUUUCUGCAUUUGUGUUAUGCAAACUUGGCAUUUCAUAGAAAACAGCCUUUAAUUUGAUACUUGGAAAGGGCUGCAUUCGUUCUGAGGUCUACUCUUAAUUUGGCAAAUGCUUCUGUACAAGACCACCUACAAGUCCUUGCAUUUUAAAAAGUGAUGGGGAGUGGCUGCAGCACUACAACUCCCUUCAUGCUUUGUUACUGGCUUUGCUGGCUGGGGUUGAUGGGAGUUUGAAUCCAGUAAAAUCUGGAAGGCCACAGGUACCACGGGCAGCUUAAAAGGACACAGGAAGGAACAAGCAUUUUAGAAAUUGCUUUAUUAUUUAGCACUUAACACGCCCCCCGCCCCAGGUUGGCUUGACUUGCAUUCUCCACACACACAAGCAAGCAACACACCUUUCCCUUAUAAACUGUCAGAUGCUAAAAGAAAUGAGAGUAUGAAGCAUGGUUGCAUUGUGCUUGUAGAGAAGACUAACAGGCUGGGGCUUGUCCCAGGCAGCGUGGCUUCCGAGGGUGGAAUCUUCCAAGUCUUACUGAAAAGGUUUUAUAAAGCUAUCUUGUAAAUCAGAGUAUUAAAGAGUAUUUAUAGACAAAUUGCAGAAAAGGAAGUUUUUCCAGAGUUAUCAGUGUCCAAAUUAAAAACAUGAAUUUAACAAGGA